AAAGUGAGUUGAGCAAGAGAAAGAAAAUGUCAGAUCAUGCCCGAGUCAGGUUGAUGAAACAUAACAGCAGAAGCAGCACCCCUCCUCUGCACUUACUGUGCCAACUUACCGCAAGAAAUAAAGGAACCAACUCACUUCAGAGAAGGUGUCCCACACUUUGCAACGUCUGAAAGCCUCUCCCGGAGGCACUGCUGGAAGGGUUGAGCCACACAUUGAAAGAGCCAUGGAGGAGCAGAGGAGGCCCAGGAAGCUGGGCUCAAGCCGACGAAAGCAGCUGCGAGACGUGUUUGGUGGUGCAAAGACAUCCCCGAUCCCGGAGGAGGAGCCGUUCCCACCCGAAAUAAUGGAAAAGGUUCAGGAAUUCUUCCAGGAAUGCGACAAGGACCAGAAAGGUUUCAUCACACGUGCCGACAUGCAGAAACUGAAGAAGGAGGAUUUCCCAUGCAGUGCAGCGGAGCUGGAGCUGGUCUUUGAUGGUCUCGAUACCGACAAGAAUGGAUAUUUAACUACGGAGGAAUUCACCACAGGGCUCAAGCAGUUCCUGAGCUUGCAGACCGCGACAAGGCAGCACAGGAGGAGGAAGACAGCUUCCAGGAGGGUGUACAUGUCCCGCACAGACUACUCCCUGGAGGAAGCAGACAGUGAGGAAAGAAAAUGCUUCAGAGCAUUCAUGGACCAACUGGGAGCAGAAAAUAUCUUUGAAGACCAGUCAGAGAUUUGGAGGCUGUGGGUGAAGCUCCGUCAAGACGAGCCUCACCUGUUGGGGAACUUGGAGGAGUUCUUGGCCACGAUGACGCACCGGAUCAAGGAAGCUCGGAGUGAAAAGGUGACGCUGGAGCUGACCUUGAACAAACGGGUCACUGAUCACAACCGGGAGGUGCAGCAGCUGUACGAGGAAAUGGAGCAGCAAAUAAACCGGGAGAAGCAGCGCCUGCAGCAUGAGAGUAAAGCAAGAAGUCACCUGCACACCACGGAGGUGCAGAGAGCACUAGACGUUGUGGAUGGGGAAGUGCAGCGCUUGCUGGUGGUUCAAAGUGAGCUCGAGACCCAGUUCCACAGCCUCAGCACCAAGCAGCACGCUGCCACCAGCGAGAACCAGAGGCUGAAAAAAAACAACCAGGACCUGGAGAACCAGCUGCAGCAAAUCCACAUUCAGCUCCAGGAGACCCAAGGGCAUCUGGGUGCUAUGAGGGGCAGGAUAUCUCAGCCACACGAUGAGGAAGGGAGGGACAAACCAUUGGCUGAGGCGACCUGUGAGAUCCCUCCAUCUUCCCAGGAAACUUUGAACAAGGAUAAAAUAUUCUGCUCUGAAACGUAUAUUAGACUUGGAUCCCAGCAGAGCGAUGAUAUACCAGACAGCUCCCGUCAGCCGGUGCCAUAUAGUAUUUCAUUUUCUCCUGAAGCUGAUUCGGGACAGAGGACAAGAGUGAUCUCCACAGAAGAAGACCCCUUCACAGAAUUUAUGAAAAAGGGAGAGGCGUACUUCCAGCAGGAAUUUUCAGGCCAAAGCUCUUUGCUCAGUGAACUGAAUGAUGCAAUAGCAGCUCUGAACAAGGUGUCUGAACCACAAGUACCAGGGACAGAUGACCUACUGCUUGAGGAUGCUUCUUUACAGCCAGCCAGACAAGGUGGGGAUUCUGAGCAAAGAAUCAAGCAGGUCAGAGAUUCAGAGCAUCAGGUGCUCUCAAGAAAUGACAAUGAACUGAAGGCCCUGCCUGAGGCACUUUCAGUCCUUCCCACCAAUCAGGCUACAUCCCAAAGAGAGGCUCUUAAACAGGGACCAACUCAAGCAGAACUUCAUGCACAGGAGGUGAAGCAGGCUCGGGCUUCUGAGCCAGCAAUGCAGGAUCAGGCUCAAAAACUCAUGAAGAAAGAGGUUGUUUAUGCAGAGAUGCAGCCCCCUGCUGUUUCAGAGCUGGCAGUGCAAACCACCAUUCACAAGCAGAACCCGCCAGAGGGAGGUGUUCUCCUGCCAGGUGUAUUGCAGCCUGGCAUUACAGAGCAGGCAGAUGAAAUUCAGAAGUGGGCAUCAAUGAAGAGAGAUGUGGUCCUUGCAGAUGAGUGGCCACCUGCUGUUUCUGAGCAGGCACUGCUGAAGGAAAAGCCUCCAGAAAUGAAAGCGCCGGAGGAGAAGACAUUUGAGCAGAGAGAACCACCAAAACAGGAGACACCACCAACUUAUUUCCCUCAUGUGGGAGCCCUGUACAAAGAAGGUGUAGAAAAUGAACAAGGAGAAGCCCUUCUCAGAGCCAGCCAGCUGGGGGAUACACUCCAGGCCAAGAUGCAGCCCCAAAGCACUGGGAAACCAGAAGCGACACGGGCAGAAGAAACAAGAGGAGACAUGGGUAUUUUUCAACAAGAGGAGAAGCAAACGAGCAGUGUGAAAGCGAACGAGGAUGCAAUCCCCAAACUGGGAGGCCAAGGGUACCAAGCUAAUGUGACACCAGAGCAGCCAGGCAGAGCUGCUAAAGCCACCACGGAGACCUGCCCUGAUCCAGACCAUCUUUAUAACGUGUUGUUUGUGGGGGACUCAAACGUUGGCAAAACAUCGUUUCUGUACCGGUUACAUGAGAAUUCCUUCAACCCAAGCCUAACUGCUACUGUAGGAAUGGAUUAUCGGGUCAAAAACCUUUUUGUGGACAACAAGUGCUUUGCUCUACGCCUAUGGGACACGGCUGGCCAAGAAAGGUACCAUAGUGUCACCAAGCAGUUUUUCCGAAAAGCUGACGGAGUGGUGUUGAUGUAUGAUAUUACUUCAGAAUACUCCUUCGCAGACGUGCGGUACUGGCUGAAUUGUAUCCAGGAAGGAGCAGGAGAUGGAGUUGUCAUCCUUCUACUUGGUAACAAAACAGACUGUGCCACAGAAAGACAGGUAUCUACUGAAGAGGGUGGACGCUUGGCUAAGGAGUGUGAGCUCUUGUUUUAUGAAUGCAGUGCUGCGUCAGGCCACAAAGUCUCUGAAUCUAUGAUUGACUUAGCCAGAUCACUGAAAGCUCACGAAGACAGAUUAAAAACUGAGGUGGUGGAGGUACCAGCAUCACCAAAGAAGAAAAGAGGUUGCUGCAGAUGAUCGAGAAACUCUGUGCUUUGAUCAAAAAAUACAGCCCGAAAGCAUAAAAAUGGCCCUCUUUUAACCUUCAUCUCUGCUCCUCAUGUCUGACUUUACUGAUUCCCCUUAAGCGUUGCAGAACAAAUGCAGUUAUCAGGGAGUGAGUUGUAAUCUGUCUCAUUCAUAGCUAAUCUAUUUCUCUGAUUGCCUACCCCCACAGUAUGUUAGGGCCUAACACAUUAGUGGGCAAACAUUAUUUCUUUCAUUAAGAGAUCAAAACUGUGCUCCUCCAUUGCUGCUACUGAUGCAAGAAGCAGAAAGAGCCCAGCUGGAUUUUCAGAUCUCAGAAUGAGUUUUGCAGCCAGCAGACAGAAAAAUCCUCUUUGAGGGUGGAAUUCACUCUUAUGCAGAGGGCCUGCGCAAGGCCUAUGAAUGUAUCGCAGGAGAUCUCACAAUUGGGUUUAAGUGGUGCAGGCACCUUUGCACAGUGGUGAAUUUCACUCAGCAUGUGUAAACUCAGAAAAUCUGAUCCAGAUUCAAUUGAGAGAGAAUACACAAUAUGCCUCAAUCUCAUUUUUACAGUCAUUUUUCCGAUUGCACUUUAUAAAGUAGGUCAUCAGUUUGAAGUGUCUUCACAUUUAUAAUAUCUAGCUUUGCCCUCGCCUACAUCUCAUAUUGUACUACACCAGCGGUCAAUAGAGGAUCCCUACAAAAAUGGCUGCUAAAACUGUGAUUAAAAAAAACAACACAUAGAAAGAUGGGUAGAAGGUACAGGAUAAUAAAAUCACUUCGGAGCGAUGAGUCAAUUGGAUAGUUUGAUCAGCGGAACAUUUGUGAGUCUAUCAUUUUCAAUGGAGGGUACUUUGAGCAAUGGAACAGCCUCCAGCGCAAUGGAUUGUUGCAUUAGAACAGAGGUUCUCAAACUGUGGUCCGCGAGCUCCAUUCAGGUGGUCCGCGGAUAGUUUCCUCUAAGGUACAUGCCUGGGGGGCCAUACACAAGAGAUUGAAGGGCCAGCCACCUAAUAAAUGGAGCCUUGCAAGCAUGGCUCCACUAAUUAGGUGCCUGGACCCUGGAGAAGACGGACACGUAAGGUGAGGUGGUGGCCUUGGGAGGAA